AUGGGUGAGCCACAUAAUUCAUCCAAAAACUCAACCGGGGUAACAGAGCGUGCAGGGGAAUGGGAGGCCCGCGACGAUCUGUUACUUACCUGGCUGAUGCACUUCCACUGGAGCCCCCAGAUUGCCCUCACCACCAAGGCCUCGUACCCAGAGGUAGAAGGACCAGGACAGGGAGCAACUCAGGAAGCUCUCAGUCUCUUCCUUGAGAAGACAUAUGAGAGUCACGACCGCAACUUUCUGAUGCGGGAACAUUGCAGCAAGAACCCGCUGCCAAAGGCUGCCUCACCCGCAAAGCUGGCUGGCCGGGCCAUGGGACAGGCGGGGCGCAAUUUAGGACAGUUUCUAAACAUCUACCUGGAUUUCUCUUUCUCUCAUCGCUCUCAGAUAUGGUGCAGGCUGGUCACAGCAGCAUAUAAUUAUUUCCAUGUGACCAACUUCUUCUGGAUGUUUGGAGAGGGGUGUUAUCUGCACACAGCCAUAGUACUGACAUACUCCACCGACAAACUGAGGAAAUGGAUGUUUAUCUGUAUAGGCUGGUGUAUUCCAUUCCCCAUUAUCGUUGCAUGGGCCAUUGGCAAGCUGUACUAUGACAAUGAAAAGUGCUGGUUUGGGAAGCGGGCCGGCAUUUACACUGAUUAUAUUUAUCAGGGUCCCAUGAUCCUGGUCCUACUGAUUAACUUCAUUUUUCUCUUCAACAUUGUGAGGAUACUGAUGACUAAACUGAGGGCCUCCACCACCUCAGAGACCAUUCAGUAUAGGAAAGCAGUAAAGGCCACACUGGUUCUUCUGCCACUGCUGGGCAUCACAUACAUGUUGUUCUUCGUCAACCCUGGCGAGGAUGAGAUCUCACAGAUUGUCUUCAUCUACUUCAACUCUUUCCUAGAGUCCUUUCAGGGCUUUUUUGUGUCAGUGUUCUACUGCUUUUUGAACAGUGAGGUACGUUCAGCUGUUCGUAAGCGGUGGCAUCGCUGGCAGGAUAAGCACUCCAUUCGGGCGCGGGUGGCACGGGCCAUGUCUAUUCCCACCUCUCCAACACGGGUCAGUUUCCACAGCAUCAAGCAGUCGUCGGCAAUCUGACCAUAACCGAAGCGAAGCAUCCAUCCCUGUUUCUUCUACUCCUGCUCUUUCUGUCCUCAGCUAACUAUCCACGUCCUCUGCAAAACCCAGGGAUAACAGCUAUGGGCCAAACAGGGUAUGAUCCUCAGCUGAAACACAGAUGAAGGGUGGCAAUGUACACAGAUUAUGAGGUCCACCUGCCAAACACAGAGGGAAAAACUGUUUCAGAAACAGAUUAGAGCAUUGGUGGUCUCAGACAGCGAUGGGUGACCGUGGGAGGAACCUGACAGACACACAAAAAGUUGAUAAAUACUGGCAGAGCGUAUUUUUUCAAGAGACAAUAGAGUUAAAUGUUGCAUCCUCUCCUCCUGAUUUUGAGUCUUCUCUGAUUGGAGAGCUCAGUUUAUUCCUAACUUGUUUCCAGAACUAUCGGAGUUGGAUAAAAUGGAAUGUACACUACAUGGCCAAAAGUAUUGCGAUUGUGAGCCAUACAUGCGUCUGAAUGGGACCAAAUCCAUAUUCCUACAUCAAUUGGAAACCUUCCCAGAAGAGUGGAAGCUGCAGGAUAAACUUCUUAUUGAUGCCAAUAGUUUUGAAAUUAAUCACAUAUGGGUUCAGUGUUCAUGUGUCCUCAAGCUUUUGGCCAUAUAGUGCAAUAGUUUUAGGAGUUUUAAAACAAAAUGACAUAAUCA